AUGCUAAAUACAUAUAUGAAUGGGGAUACAAAUAAACAAAUAUAUAAAUUGGUUUUGACUGGUGGGCCUUGUGGUGGGAAGACUACAGGACAGGAACGUUUGGCUACUUUUUUUGAGGGGCUUGGAUGGAAGGUUUUUACUGUCCCAGAGGCUGCCUCAAUACUUUUGAGAGGCCGGACUCGUUUCCAGGAAUUUACUCCAGAACAGGCUUACCAAUUCCAAAAAGAUUUGUUGUUAACAAUAUUACAGCUUGAACAGGUUAAAUAA